GCUUGACCUCUUGCUUGGCUUGGUGUUGACGAGGAAAAUGGCAUCCAGCCUUCCAACCAUGGCCAUGGCAGCGCUGCUGCUGGCUGCUGCUUGCACCCUCUCGGCGAUUAUGCCCCCGUCGACCGUCAGCUUCGACCAUGUCCCGAGUACUCUCCAAACCCUUCCUUCUGGAGCGGCCAUGUCCUCCUCCGACCUGGCCAAUGUUCUUUUGGCUGCCGUUGGUGUGAACACGCAACCUGCCUGGCAGGGUCUCGCCCCUACCCAUCCGUUCAAGCGCACUCAAAGUGCCGUUCUCUUUGUCAUUGACGGCGCCUACACUGACCUGCCACAGCUCGCCGGCAACAACGCCGUCGAAGUGAUGACUGCCACCGAGAGCGCUGACUUUUUGGCAGCUGACAUGACGGAUGACAUUUUGCCCCUCGCUGCCGAGCAUGCUCAGUGCGAGAUCUACAGCUUCACCCAACCGGCUGUCCAGGUUGAUGCCAGUCUCUGGGGCACCACCUUGGACAUGGACCUCUCCAACAAGAUUGUUCAGGAGCUGGCUCUGGAACUGACUGGUCUCCUGGCCUCGUAUCAGCCUUCGGCCGAUGCCAAGUCUAUGGCCGUCCUCCGCGUCACCCAGCUUGCCAAUGUGAUCCGCGCCACCGGUGCUGACAGCGCCGAGGCUCAGAUUGCUGUCCAGCUCGUCGCUCUGUUUAAGCAAGUGGUUCUUCAACGUGCCAAGGACGCCGCCAACGGUGAUGCCCUCGUCAUGACCACCAUUGUUCAGGCCCCUGCUUUUGCUGCUUCCUCCUCCAUCCGCGCCCGUCGUGAUGUGGCUGCCGACCCCAUUCCUUCAAACGUGAACCUGAAGAUCAACACUCUGGAUUCCCAAUUUGUGGAAUACUGCGAGACCUACACCUGCUACUGCAACCGGGAUAUCGAUGGAAAGCCUUACGAUGUUGACACUCGAUGCUCCGUCUCGUGCUCGGAUAAGCAAAAGGACUGCUUUGACUGCGCCUAUAUCCCCUGCGACUGUAACGCCACCGAUCGUCUCCAACCGGGUGCCGCCGUGUGCGCUGCCUGCCAGGAUGGCUUUGACAUGAUUGGCAACCAUUGCUACGAGUCCGGUGACUUCUCCGUGGCCACCAACAUCAUCCUCGGCCUCGGUAUCCUCAUCUUCAUCAGCCUUCUCGCCACGUGCUGCAGCCUCGCCUACAUGAACCCUGGAUACGACUCGAUCAUCUACAAGAUGACCUCGACCCACCUCAAGUCCUCGUAACAAGUUUUCCCCUUCUUAAAGCCAAACUUUUAUCGCUUCCGGUCUUUGUAGGAAUUGCUUCCUUGCCAUCAUUUUGGUAAAUAGUGUCAUGUGCGUGUUUGGCAGUGGGCAACGACGUCGAAUGGUAGCAAUUUAGCUUGACAUC